AUGGGUAAAAAUCCGUUACUCAUUGAUUGUCGGUUUCACACGGCACGUAACCUCCCUAACAUGCCAAAGGAAGUCCCUAUUUCUCUUUCUGCUGGUCUCGUUAAAGGGAAAAUAUAUGUAUCUAGAACGAGACAAGACACAGCGGUGUGCAAUUGCGAUACAUUUUGUAAGAAUGUGGUGACGUGGGAGUCUACAACGGACGUAGAGGUGUGCAAUUGCGAUAGAUUUUGUAAGAGUGCGGUGACGUGGGAUAAUAAGGUUUACUUCCGUUGUUUUGGUUACGAUCCGAAAAACGAUAAAUGGGAGACACACGAGAUACUAAACUCUAUGUGGUGGUACGGUAAUGGAUGCGUUAUGGAAGGAGUAAUGUACUGCUAUAGUCGAGCUUUGAACAAGUUGUUUGCGUAUGAUUUCAAAGAAAGGUCUUGGAAAGUGGUCAAGGGCGUGGAAGGGUUAAUGGGUGUGCGUACUGUUUGGCCACGAACGGUGAUAUACAAUACAAAGGUGGUGGUGGUUUUCCAGAGAGAGCUUGCUGGUACGAAAAGCGAAAUUUGGUGUGCAGUGAUCAAAGUGGAAAUGGAUCAAAAGGGAGAGAUUUGUGGAAUAGUUGAGUGGUGUGGUUGUGGUUGUGUGCUUGAUAAUGGACAGUGGCCUCAUGUCAUAAACUGUUCAUCUGUUGAUGUUUGA